AGCUAGAUCUCUCAUUGUGUAUUCCUCUGUCUGAGUUAUCAUGCUCUCUCUCACUCUUCCGCUACUUACCUCUCCCGUUCUCUGCGUGUGAGAUUAAUUUUGUCACAUCACUCCCCCUCCACCCUCACGCCCUGGUCUCUGUAAUAACACUGCCAAUUAAGAUAAAUGAAAUCCAAACUAAUAGAGGUUCAUUAUGGUAAUGUGGUACAUGUCCCAGGGUAUAUAAAAGACAGACAUUCACUACCCUGGACUCAUACAAGCAAAAGCACAAUCACAUCACAAGUACAUUUACUCAUGUACUACCUAUUUGCCUUGAUAUAAAUUACAUACAUAAUUUUAAAAGUUAAUUAAAGGUGAGAUUCACUCUCACCUGUCUUGCAUCAAGGAUUUUAACUGCGACAUUUUUAUUGACUGGAAGUAGAGCUCUCUUUUAAAAGAUGCAGAUGAGCUAUAUGCUGUUUUGUGUCUCUUUCUGUGUCCUGUCCCCUCAACUGUCAAGGACCCAUGGGAUGACCCUUAGGGGUCUAGAGAAAAGAGGAUGGACACUGAAUAGUGCUGGAUAUCUACUUGGACCUUAUGCACACAGAACUCUUACUGUACGACAUGGAGCCAGUGUGGGCAAGCGGGACAGCACGGAGGACUCCAUCCUGCCAACACAUCAGCCUUCAUAUAGAUCCGUUACAGAUGAGUCAUAUCUGCAUGCACUCAUGGAAUUAUUCAUGUAUCUACGCAUGAAAGAUGAUAAAAGCAUUGAAGACUUGAUCAGCUCUACAUUUACUGAUGACGUGACACGAUAGAAGAAACGGCCUUAGUUAACCAUUUGCACUGGGCCAACACUUCUCUCAUCAUAUUCAUUUUACUUCUCUCAUCAUAUACAUUCUGACUUUAAAUUAUAAAGUCUUUCGUAUGACUCUCACCUUUGCCGAGAAAUUCACAGCAGGUAUUUAAAUUACAUUAAAAAUGAAAUGCAAAUGAAGCUUUUGAGCUCUUUUACUCCUUCUUUAUCAAUGGAACUCUAAUAAUAACCAGAGUAGAAGGUGCCAGUUAUAUGUUAGAAAUCAACUCUCAUUACCCAUAUCCACUUGUUUUCUUACAUCUACCUUAGAAUGAAUGCAGUUAAUGCAAAGCUGUUCUCAUAUCUACCCUGAUAGCACAUCAGUCUGUCUGCAUACAAAACAAAAGAAAAAAAUAUAUAAUAAUGCCACAAUAUUGAUAUGGUGUAUGGUAUAUAUAUGGUAAAUAUAUACAUUUAACACAUAGUGGACCUAUGUAUAGCUAUGGUUUGGCAGCAUGAAACCAUGCAACCUUUCUUAAUUACAUAAAAUCUGUCUUAAUUAGAUAAAAUUAUGUAAUUACAUAGUGCACAGAAGUGGACAUAUGUAUAGAUGACGUUUUGCAACAUAAAACCAUGGAACUUUUCUUUAUUAAAUGAAACGUGUCUUAAAUACAUAAAACUAUCCUCAGAUCGGAGUAUUUGAUCUGAAAUGACACAUGGUUUGGAUGCUGAGGAGAUGUCUUUUGAUGUGUGAAGAGUGUCUGUAUGAGAAACUGUGCUUAUUUUAAAAAGGGGAACAGGGUAUGCUUGCUUGACUAAUACAGCGUAAAAUCAUAGUUUAGAACGGGAUGGUUUAAGCAUUUACCAAAUUAGCAAAUGCGUUUUGAGGGUCACGUCAUUGCUUAGACUAGAUAGUUCAGCAGCAUUGUUCUGUUCAAAUUAAAUAUUAAAAUAGCCAUGUACAUUUAAUUGAUUUACAUGCUCCACCAUGUAAAAAAAAUUCUGUACAUUUAUCUACUUACUUGAUUAAUUAAUCUGAUUAAUGUCUUAUAUUAAUGCUUAGUUGCCACUAUUUGGUACAACUUUGGUACAACCAGUAAGUGUACUUAGGUGUAUUUAAGUGUACUAAAUAUGCUGCCGUACCUUUUUACUUCUAUAUUUAAUUUAAUAAUAAAUACAUGCCAGCUGCUCAACUUGCUGUUGGCUCACUGUACCGGAAUCUGUGUAAAUCAUGUCAACCCUUUUUGGGAUUUGACCAAAGAAUACAUCCAUAUUUUUAAAAUUUACAUUUAUAGAUUCAUUUACAAACACUGUGCAAAAAUUUACAAAUACAUCAGCAUUAACUAACUGGGCUCUUGAUUAUGUUAGCACUCAAUAUUAAUGUUUGGGUGACUGAUUUGAUUUCCUGCUCUUUUAGCUAUUCUGUCUGUAUUACAAAUGUUUGUUUGUGCAAUGAUUGUGCAAUGGACCUGUGUGCCUGCUUAAUGUAUUGUGUUGUAUCUGUGUGCCUUUUUUUGCAUUGUCAUUGCUGCAUAAGAGCGAUUAAAAG